CUCCUCUGCCUCCCUGCGUCCCCCGAGCAAAGCAGAACAAGGGGGGAAAAAGUUGACAUACGCUUGCAGCGAUGGCCUUUGCCGCCCGCGCCGCGCUCGUGCGCGUCCUCCCUCCGCGACCAUCGCCGACCUCCCAACCGAAGCAGCUCAAGCAAGGUCUAGGCGGCCGCGGCGGGUCCUCGCUCGCCGUUCGGGCGAAGGACUCCGAUGACUUCGGGGCCCUUCUGUCGGAGAAGCUCGAUGCGCAGGCGCCUGAGAAGCGGGAUGGGCGGGAUGGUUUUGGGAGGGAGGCGAGUAGCGUGGAGGAGGAGAAGGAGGUGCAGGGCGAGCCGGCUUCGUGGGGUGUGCUCAACCAGAUCGGCGUCGAGUUGGACUCUGACAAAUCAUAUUCUGCUCUCAUAUAUGGCACAUCUGCUCUUGUUGCAAUUUGGAUAUCAUCAAUUGUGGUUUCUGCACUUGAUUCAGUCCCUUUGGUUCCUCAAGUGAUGGAAGUUGUUGGUCUUGGCUUCACAAUUUGGUUCACAUCGAGAUACCUGAUAUUUAAGGAGAACCGUGAUGAACUUUUCACGAGAGUCAGCUCCAUCAAGAAGCAAAUUUUGGGGUCUCAUGAGAACUGAGCGUCUCUCUUACGUUCUGUUCUGUUAACUGGUACUGUGUUUUAUUGAAGAUGUUUUUUUUUGGAAUAAACAGUACAUUUUUUUGUUUUUCGCCUGCAUUUUUUUACUAAUCGAAAGGUAAGUGCACUGUACUCUUUUCGUUGAUUCCAACUAAUUUUAGGUGAGUGUAGGGCUGCGAUGACCUAAA